AUGCAACUUGAUCGAGCUCUGGUAAUGUUUUCUGCCUGUCUAACGAUGAAAGGAGGGCCAUGUGUGAUUGUUAAAUCUGGGGAGAACAAUUCGCCUCACACCGUCUCGCUCCACAUCGACCCCAUACAAUUCGAUAAAUUCAUACGACACUACCCAAAUGCCCAUGCCCGAUCUCAUCUCUCUUUAUGCGUACCUCAAGAUGCCGUCGUCGAUGUGAAGCAUAUUCCUCCAGAAUUGACGGGGCUAAGAAAGGAAUAUCUACUAGCAUUGAAGGCAAAUGUGAACGCAAGGAAGGAGUACCGUUUGGUGUCCGAGAGGUAUACUUCUGGGAAGACACAGGGCCAACCUUCUGGUGGCGUCAACGCACACCGCGUUGACCCUAACUCAGAACUCCGAGCUUAUCUCGAACUACUCCGUGACCGUCGCCAACAUGCGAAGCUCCAAGUCUUUCAGCGUUAUUUGGAAGAGCUUAAGAAUCGAGAUAUAAUCAAACCAGAGGACUUUGAUCGUAUAGGAAAUCGCAGCCAACAGUCUGCCCUGCAGCCAGAUUUGGAAGAAGAUCAGAAUGGAUGCGCUUCCGAGAUUGGAAUUGAGGACUUGAUGCAUAACCUUGAAAGGGCCGUGAUACGCGCGAGAUAUCAGUUAGAGAGAGAAAAGAGACUACUUGAGGAGCUGAAGGCGCAGCAUGAUACUGAGGAUGGUUCUGAGAAUGAUGGUAUUGCCUCUGGCGCGAAGGUUACUGCGCUCCAGAAAACCCGAGAUGUCUUGGUACAAUGGGUCGAGGAAAAAUUGGGGAGUGUUGGGAACAACGAGGAUGGUCCUGUUCAGGAGUUGCCUCCCGAGGAAAUCGAGAAGUCGGCCAAUUUGCUGGAAGACCAGAAAGCACAGAUCGCAGAACAGUAUGCCGCCUACGUUGAUGCUCGCAAGCGUCUUCUCGAUGCUGCCUCUAGGGCGUGCCAGCCCAUUGGUACCAGCUCUGUGCAACCUGCAAGUCGCCCCACUGAGAAACGAAAAACUACUCCAGAGGAAACGCCAACCUUAGAGCCAGUGGAUGUCCUAUCUUUUGCGGAUGAGCAACUCCUCCCACUUUCGAAAUGCCAACGGGCACUAGCUUUGCAGAAAUUCUACCUGACUGGGACUCUUGCAAAAGAAAAAUCCACGACUCUGCGCAUCCUGAAUCGGCUGAGAGAUGAAAGUCGCCUUCUUCCGGAGUACCCUAUGCCUGCUCGGCAGCCACGAUUUAAACAUGCGACUGCGGCUAUAAAUGCCCGUUAUGCUACUACGCCGGUGGAGCCAGCCAAACCUGAUGAGGUCGUUGCACUAGCUGAAGCAUGGGCCUUUGCGUCGGAAGCGGCAGGGACCAGUGAACGCGAAAAUGUGGAACACAACCUGGAAGACGGUAUCGAAGCCGCCCAAGAUGCGGAGCAGGCCUUGCAAGAAGUUUACGGCAUAUUAAACCAGGAUCUAGAGGAAGGUUUGCGGAACAAGGUAGAACAAGAUGAGGCAGAGUCAUCCAGGUCGCACGCGAGACCAAGGGCUAAAGGGCCAUGGGCUAAGCUUGACGGACAAAUAGGAGUCACGGAAUGA